AUGACGUCGCGCGCGUCGCGACGCCGACCGACGACGCGACGUCCGACGCGCGCGUACGCGCCGCGCGCGCGAUCGAGCGACGACGACGACGACGCGACGGCGAACGAAUCGUCGACGUCGGCGACCGAGCCCAAGCUCGACCCGUUCGGGUUCGGGGCGCGACGGCAGGACGCGCCGGACGAGAUCCGCCCGGGAUUCGACACCGCGGAGGGGGGGAAGGUGGGACCGGUGGGGACGUUUUUCAUCUCCGCGCUGCUGAUCGCGCUGUUCGGGGGGUCGUUUUUCUUCACGAGCGUGCCGCGGGGGAGCGUGGAGGAGCUCGCGGCGAGGCAGUUGGCGGACGAUCCGAACGCGCCGACGCAGAGCUUCGCGAGACGGUGA